GGCACCCCGGGUUCCGAGCGCGGUUUCCAGCGAGUGGCCGGACGUCGGCGCGGCCCGCGGCCGGUUUGCUGCCACGCCUGGGUCGCGGCGGGCGCGGAGCCGCAGCCAUGCUGUUCUGGCACACGCAGCCCGAGCACUACAACCAGCACAGCUCCGGCAGCUACCUGCGGGACUUGACUAGUGCUCUUCAAAGGGAAAACGAUGUGCUCGCCCUGCCUAUCUUCAAGCAAGAGGAGCCGCAGCUGUCCCCCGAGAGUGAGGCCCGCCUGCCGCCCCUGCAGUACGUGCUGUGUGCUGCCACGUCCCCGGCCGUGAAGCUGCACGAAGAGACCCUGACCUAUCUCAACCAAGGUCAGUCUUAUGAAAUCAGGCUGCUGGAGAAUCGGAAGCUGGGAGACUUUCAAGAUCUGAACACGAAAUAUGUCAAGAGCAUUAUCCGAGUGGUUUUCCACGACCGCCGGCUGCAGUACACGGAGCACCAGCAGCUGGAAGGAUGGCGGUGGAGCAGGCCCGGGGACCGGAUCCUGGACAUCGAUAUUCCACUGUCUGUUGGUAUCUUGGACCCCAGGGCCAGCCCGACCCAGCUGAACGCUGUCGAGUUUCUGUGGGAGCCUUCGAAGAGAGCCUCUGCAUUCAUUCAGGUGCACUGUAUCAGCACAGAAUUCACCCCGAGGAAGCACGGGGGCGAGAAGGGGGUGCCUUUCCGAGUGCAGAUUGACACAUUUAAGCAGAACGACAACGGGGAAUACACAGAGCACUUGCACUCGGCCAGCUGCCAGAUCAAGGUGUUCAAGCCAAAGGGAGCUGACCGGAAACAGAAGACUGACCGGGAAAAGAUGGAGAAAAGAACUGCCCAAGAGAAGGAGAAGUACCAGCCGUCCUACGAGACCACCAUUCUCACAGAGUGCUCCCCGUGGCCCGACAUGGCCUAUCAGGUGAACAGCGCCCCGUCUCCCAGCUACAAUGGCUCUCCAAACAGCUUUGGCCUCGGCGAAGGGAACAGCUCUCCGACCCACCCAGUGGAGACCCUGCCCUUGGGCAAUGAUCACCUGCUUCCAUCGGCCUCGAUCCAGGACGCCCAGCAGUGGCUGCACCGAAACAGAUUCUCACAGUUUUGCCGGCUCUUUGCCAGCUUCUCGGGUGCUGACUUGCUUAAGAUGUCUCGAGACGAUUUGGUCCAGAUCUGUGGCCCUGCCGAUGGGAUCCGGCUCUUUAAUGCCAUCAAAGGCCGGAAUGUGAGGCCGAAGAUGACCAUUUACGUCUGUCAGGAGCUGGAGCAGAACCGAGCGCCCCUGCAGCAGAAGCGGGAUGGCGGUGGGGACAGCAGUCUGUGUGUGUACCACGCCAUCUUCCUGGAGGAGCUGACCACCUUGGAGCUGGUUGAGAAGAUUGCCAACCUGUACAGCAUCUCCCCCCAGCACAUCCACCGAGUCUAUCGGCAGGGCCCCACCGGCAUCCACGUGGUGGUCAGCAACGAGAUGGUGCAGAAUUUCCAGGAUGAGUCUUGUUUUAUCCUCAGUACCUUGAAAGCUGAGAGCAAUGAUGGCUACCACGUCAUCCUGAAAUGUGGCCUCUGAGCGAAAGUCCAGCGUGUGAAGUACGGCCCCCACCCCACAGCCCCAUGGAUUCCCUCGGAUGUAGAAACCGCACCACUCUAUGCCGCGGCCCCCCCUGGCGGGCUGUGGCUGGGAGGGACUUGGCCCAGUCCAGGAAGACCACGGCCCACGAGCCAGCAGAACCCUGCGGAUGCAGUCUCUGGUGUACGGAAAGCCAGCGGCUCCUCUCUCCCUUCCUCUUGGCCUCCAGCUUUUGAAUGUUCCUCGUUCUUUUCCCAGCCCUGCUAUCUUAAAGAGGCAAAUGGCAGGGCCAUCUUCUCUGAAACCCCUUGCUCCCUAGUUGGAGGCCAGUUCACUGAGUGUCUCGGUGCCUUCUGACCAUUCCCCUGCCUCCCGGGAAGGCUGUGCCUCCCCCCGACCUUCACCUUUUCUGGGAACCGGCUCCAUGACCAGGACUGCUGACUGGAUGUAGGUGGCUUGCCAGUGUUCUGUCUUCGUGUUGGUUCCCCUUCUCAGCGACCCUGGUGGGCAUCUGUCUUUCUGCUUCUUGGAUGGCUCGGUGGGAAGGGGACUUAUUCUGUGCCUUCUGCUGCUUUCACCUUGACUCCGUUUCUAAGGACCUGCUUUUGCAGUGCCCAGCGAUGGGCUCCUGUCUCUGCAUUGGUGAUGUAGACACCACGAUGCUUGUGUAGGACUGGCCACAUAGACCUAGGUCUGUGCCCUUGGAAGGAAGAAGGAGAGGAUAGAACAACUAUUUUUCAGGUACGUUCUCACGAGUAUGAAAGGGAUGAGAACAGAAUGAUAUUUUGCUUGAGCCCCUUUUAUGUAAUUUUAUGCCCUAAGCAAUCAUGGGUAAGGAAGAUUAGGAAAUGAGUAUUCGGCUGUAUGAUCAGAUGACCCUGAUGGUCAUGAUAGGCCCUGUUGGAUGGACUUAACCAGGUCCCAUUUAAAGAAGACCUUGGCUGACGACUGCCAAACUUGCCAAGUUUCCUAGGGUUCAUCUUUUCUGUGCGGCCCCAACUUAAAUGUUUAUCUUUUUUCAUGCACGGAGGGAGUGUUUAGGGCAUUUUGCCUGCAUUGGAGUGGUUGGAUCACCUUUCUUCGUGGCUUAAUUCUGGGGAACUCUGAUUAUCAGUAACCAGUAAACUCAGCAAUUAGGCUUUGUCUUGCGUCUGUUUCCCGGCACGCAGUGAUCUAUACUCUUCGCUAACUUAGGUUUAACUUUGAGAGCAUUGAGAAGCCCUAUGAUCAAUGGAGCAGAAUUUUACAACUUCUAAAGCAGAGCUUUAGGGGAUUAUAGCGCUGGGGUCAAAGAUGAUCCGAACUGGGUAGACCUUGCUUUCCAGUUAGGGAAAAUGAAACCUAGAGGGGCAGAGCCAUCUGCCUGAUAUCACACAGUGAUAGGGCGAUGAUAGAAACUCAUUAUAUAGAUCAAGACACUUCUCAGGGUGAAAGGGGCUCUCUAAGUAAGAGUUAUGUUGGAACCACAGGUGGUAUGGUGUUCCUACAGAGUAAAACAGGCUCCUGAUUCCUUUCCUGUUUUGGGGGAGGGGGCAGGAGCAGGUAACAGCUUUAUUGAGAUAUAAUUCACAUACAAUACAGUGUACCCAUUCAGAGCAUACCGCUCUAUGGUUCUUAGUAAAUUCACAGAAUCAGCACAUUCAAUUUUAGGACAUUUUUCUCACCCCCCAAAGAAACCCUGUUUCUUUUAGUGAUCACCCUCCCACUUUCCCCCCAGCUCCCCUUGUCCUAGGCAACCACAAGUCUCCUUUCCAUGUAGAUUUACUUAUUCUGGACAUUUCAUGGAUAUGGAAUUACAGCGAGUGGCCUUUUGUUACUGGCUUUUUUCUUUUUUUUUUUCUCUCGCGUAAUGUUUUCUAGGGCAUCUGUGUUGAACAUGUAUUCAUACUUCAGUCCUUUCUAUAGUUGAGUAGUAUUUCAUUCUCUGGAUAGAUGUGUCACAGUUUGUUUAUCCACUCAUUAGCCGAUUGAUACGUGAGUUUCUACUUUUCGGCUGUUUCGAAUGAUGCUGCUAUGAACAUAUUUGUACAGGUUUUUGCAUACAUAACGUUUUCAUUUCGUUUGGGUAUAUACCUAGGAUGUAUACCCUACAUACAUCUUUCGCCAGGGUGUAUACCCUGGCGUUGCGGGGUCCUACGGAACUCUAUGUUUAACUUUUUGAGAAACUUCCAGAUUGUUUUCCAAAGCAGUGGCACCAUUUUAGCCUCCCACCAGCAGUGUAGGAGGGCUCGUUUUUCAACAUCCUCACCAACACUUGCUGCUUUUUGAUUAGAACAUUCUCUAAUGGGUGUCCAAUGGUAUCUCACCGUGGUUUUGAUUUGCAUUUCCCCAGUGACUACUGAUGUUGACCAUCUUUUCAUGUGCUUAUUGGCCAUUUCUAUGUCUUCUUUGGAGAAAUACCUGUUUAGAUCCUUUGCCCAUUUGUAUUUGGGUCAUUGGUCUUUUUUUAUUGCUGAGUUGCAUCAGUUCUUUGUAUAUUCUAGAUACAGGUCCUUUGUCAGCUCUGUGAUCUGUAAAACUUUUCUCCCAUUCUGUGGAUUGUCUUCACCUUCUUAUGAUGUCCUUCACAGCACAAAAGUUUUUAAUUUCGAUGAUGUGCAAGAUCCCCUACUUUCCUUGUUUGUGCUUUUUGUGCCCUAUCUGAAAAACCAUGGUGUAAUCCAAGUUCAAGAAAAUUUGUGGCUAUGUUUCUUUUUAAGAAUUUUCUUAGUUUGAGCUCAGUAGUGGCCUUUGAUUCAUUUGAAGUUAAUUUCUGUACAUGGUGUGAGUAGAGGUCCAGCAACACUCUUUUGACUGUGGGCACCCAGUUGUUCCAGCACGAGUGGUUGACCUCCUCUCCCGUCCCCAGCCCAUGUCUGGCUCCACCAUUUUUAUAACGGGCUUUCUGUUCUCCUCUGAGUGUCUCCCCCUUACUCCCCCUUAACCUCAACAGGACGGGGUCAUAUUGUGCUCUGAUACUCGGUGGCCUUUCUUGGUGCAUGUUCUAACUCCACACAUUAGUCCUAGGGGAAAGUCAGGACCAGUCAUUUCCUUUUUUGAGGACAGUGAGCCACAAGGAAGUGGAAUAAUUUGCCCAAGGUCACAAGAGUCAGGACUAGACCUUUGGUCUUCUGACUUCCAGCCUUUCAAGGGGUCUGUCAGUCACUAGACCUAAGUGAUGCCACUCCCUAGGCCAAGCAAUGACAGCCUCGAUUUUAAUUAUUUAAUUGUGGCAGACUCCUUUUUAUUUAAUUCCAAAUGGGGGUCUGAUAAAGAUCUGUUACCUUAAGUUUGCUGUUAGUGGAAUCUUCCAUUUUCUGGAACCCCCCACUGCUGUCUGUGUUUGUUUGUUUUUAACCUUCUCCUUUUUUUAAAGAUUUUAUUUUUAAUCUCUACACCCAACGUGGGGCUCGAACUCAUGACCCCGAGACCAAGGCCCCACCGCCUGAGCCAUCCAGACGCCCCUUUCACCUUCUCCCUGUGGUUCUAGUGGAGUCUUGUAGCUUGCAAAGAAGUAGGAAAUAAAUACGCUUCUUAAUUUGGCACUAAAAUGUUUCAGCUGCUUGGUUUCGACAGCUUGUCCUCCUUCCUCGGAACUCAGAUGAGCUAGCUGUCCAUUUUAUUUUUUUCAUUUCAAAGCAGAGAAGCCAUAGCUUCCCACUCCUGUCCACUCUCUUUCCCAAGGGCUCUGAGGCCAGGACCUGGGCCUGGGGGGUGGGGCAGCCCCUCCCGGAACUGUACCCACUGGCCCCCCCACCCAUGAUUCUAGGCUGUGGCUUCUCCACGGCAGCAGCAGUUUUUAAAGGUGCCCCCCCGAAGAGAGAGAGGAUCUCCUCAAGUGCUCAGUCCACCAUCUUGAGCCAGGAGCUUCGAGUUGAGGUCCUUAUUCUCAGGCCAUCACAUUUCUUUUUCCAUUUGCAGGCUUGUGAUAAACCUUUUCCUGUUUACCAGGUUGCACCUUUACCUUGAUGACACAGAGGGAGAACAAUAGGAUUCUCAGGGGAAAAGGGAUGGAUGGAAAGAGCAGGGUAGGGAAGGGAGCUUGAAGCCUGGGGCUUCCGGUCCUAAGCAAAGGCCAGACAGCGUCCCUACAGACCUCCUGCCCGGGCAGCUUGUGGCCCCUUGGGAAGAGCUGUGAACCUAGAGGGGGGUUCACUGGGAGCACACUGGGGCUGGCCGAGCAGUGUGUCACAAGUUUCCAAGUCCAGCGUGGCUCCGGGGCCUGGCCUGAGUGACCUAAGCUCUGAAAAUCAUUAACGAGUUGAUGAGGAAAAUGGAAAACCUGUGCUGUUGUUGGUGGAGCAGAGGGAGUGAGCCCGGAGGCGCUAGGAAGGUGGAAGAGCAGAGCAUGAGGGGUGAGGGUGGCGGCAUGACAGUGCCCGAGGUGCAGGAGGAAGUGGAAGGCGCAGGGGGGUGGGAGCCGGGCCCCCAGACCCUCGCUUGGCCUGAGUGUCUGCCUGUCUGGAGUCGUGGGCGGCUCUGUCGUGAGGUGAAUGUGAAGGGCGGCGGGGCUUUCCCUUUGUCCCCUACGUGAAGUCCUCGGCGGGCCAGUAAUGGGUCGGGGCACGCAUCCUGGUCGCACAGGGCACCACCAGUGCUCCUGCUCAGGCCGCUGUGUGCGCGUCUUUAAGAAGGGUUCCCCGGCAGCCUGAGCCCAGACUCUGUGCUGGCCAGCUCCACGUCUACACUACUGAUGCGCGCGUGCACUUGCGCGCAUGUGCACACGCGGGUCCCUUUCCUCGCCCCUGUAUCUGGCCUGAGUGCAGCUCUGGAUAUUCUCAGCUCAGCUGGAUGUGGGGGUUGAUGCUCUUGCUUUUAGAUCCUGUGUGGCACCCUGGUUCGGAUUCUGAUGGAAUGGGUCAGGGGUAAAGUUGCCCUACUUGGGGGGAAUGCACACCCUAAGUCCACCUCUUCCAGGGAGGGGAGCAGUGCCGGCAGCUGACCUCUGACAAGAACCCCCGAAACAGGGCUCAUGGAGUCGGUCUGCCACACAGCUGCCUCACGGUCACAUGCUCUGUGUGAUACCAUCAGUCAGGCCGGCUGGGAGGAGAGGGUUGGACUCCCUUUACCCCCUGGGGGCAGGGCAGAGGGUCUGCGAGCAGCAAGGUGCUGGUCAGGCCCCCCACCCAGGGCACCCUGCGAGCUCCUUGAAGCCUCCUCUGAACUCUCCAGACCUCUCUGUGAAGCCUUCUCUCGUACCAUCCUUCCCCCUCCUCCCGUGGGGGACAGCCAGUAGCUCUGAGUGGUGGCACCCCGGCCAGUGGCCCAGCGCUAGACCUGCCAUGCCCCUCCUGCUUUAGUGGCCGUCUAGGGGCAACGUCCCCGAGCAGUGGCUCUUGGAGAGGUGGGUUUGCUGCUCUGUGCACGGCAGCUGACUCAUCUAGCCCUUUAUGGAAAAACUUUGCCAACCCACUGAGGAGGUCAAGCUUUCUGUUGCUUUCUGUCCCCACUGGAAAUCCCAUUAAGUAAGGACUCUCAGACAAUAGUAACAAUAAAAAGUACUUAACUUGUUUUGAGCUUUGAGGCAAGAGAUGUGUUUGGCCGAGCAGUGCUGGAGUCUCCCCUGCCUGUCGCUCCCUCACUUGUGAAGGGUUCACCCCAGCCGUCUGGGUUUUCCUUCCUCUUCCAGGCCGCUGGCCUGCUCCUGGAGACCUGGUGGGCCUUUGCACCCUGGGCACGUGCCAGGGCUUGGUGUCAGAGGGCCGUGUGUGGCGAAGGGUCCUUUGCUGGUAUUAACAGGUCGGCAAGCUGUGGAGGGCGGUGGCCUCCUGACUGAGGUCACUGGAGCUUUCCUAUCCUGGAGCUCACAGCCUGACCUUCACCUCCAACUGGCGCCUUGAGGACCUCUUGGCUUCUCUGGGUCCCGCAAGUUUCUCCCUGAACGUUCUGCUCUUUUUCAAACCGAGGAAACCGCUUGUGGGAGCCUCAGCUUGGUGACAGAGAGAGGCCACUGUCUGGCUCUGAGGAAGGGUUCUAUGGGCCUGGACUUCUGGUUCUGCCCCCAGGAGAAGCUGGAGUGCGGCCAACAGCUAACCUUAUGGGCUGAGUCCCACAUGCUGGGGUCUGUCUUCCUGGCGGGUGACUCUGGUCUUUGCGGGCCCCUUGCUUCUCACUCCAGGUGCAGUGGCCAGACGCUGCAUUCAGCCUCCCGUUAGCAGCAAUGCCAACACAGUAGUGGCAGAUGCUGGCUGGUCUCUCUGGCUCAGGUGUCGAGCUCACCACUCUUGCCAUUGUCCCUUUCCAUCCUUCCCACUCUGCUCUGAGGCCACUGUGACCCAGCUUUGCAGGUGAGGAAAUCAAGACAGAUCAGAUGCCGGCCCAGGGUCCUACAGCUGCUGGUGGACUGAGCCAGGAUGAGAAUCUGAGUCUGGGUCCCACAUCCACACCCCACGUUCUCACAUGCCAGAUUUGGGGGGCUAGCUCCUUCCCCAGCGCUAGCUUUCAUCCUGAGACUGCAUCACCGGGCUUGGUGCGUUCCGAACGGUGGGGAAACAUUUGCGGGGCUUGGUUACAAGAGAAGGGGAUUGUUUUGUGUGCCCCCUCCUCCCCCCCCCAGCCCUCCCCUUUUAUUACCUUUACACUGGGUAAAAACUUGGUGACUGUGUCCUCGAAUGUUCCUGUAUGUAAUGUGAUUCUUUCUUAAGAUGUAACUUCCCCAGCAUUCUCCAGAUCGGGUGACCCUUUCCCAAAGGUGGCGGGAGUCUAUUGGGGUGGCGUGGGCUUUGGAUGGGUCAAGUGGGUGUGAUGGGUCGUGGGGAGGUGGGCAUCGAGUCGGAAGUUGUCAUACUGCCACAUUGUUUUUUGUACCUGGAAUAAAGCAUAUUUUGCACUUGUUACUGAACCAUUGUGCAGAUGAGAAAUCUGCCUGUGGGAUCUGUGCUUGGGUCAGAAUGCAAAUAAAACUCAUUUGUAAGAAA